GACGCGCUGAGUGAAAGGGGGAGUGUUUACUACAUUUUCAAUGGAAUGCAGCAUAGGGGAGCGGGCCUCAGGUGUAGGCAGCGUGCUGAAACGAUAACUGGAUACGCUCAGAUAUGAGAGAAGCGUUUUUUUUCGGCGAGUUUCUUUUUUGACAAGCUGAUCCCUAUUGGUGAACUAUAACUAAAGGGUGGUUGUCGCUUGCGGGGUUAUUAUUAUUUAUUAUUUGACAGCGUUCUAUUCUAUCUGAAAAGGCUUGCGUGUGUAAGAUAUUCACAAAAGGACUGGGCCCUAAACAACUUGUUUCAAUUGAGAGAGAGAGGGACAGGGCUACCUACCUGUCCUGUUGGUUGCUGGUAGCGGCGUAUCAGAAGGAUAUUAUUUUCCGGCUGCAAGUGGAACAGACGUUGACUACAAAGGAGUAACCUAGUCAUACAUUUUCUUAGCAUAUCUAUUUGUUCGUAAUGCUCCACCAACUUGUAAGAGCUCGUUCAAAAAAAGUUGCUUAAAUGGGAAAAAACACAAUUAUCCUUGUAUUUUUCACAAUAUUGAUUUUGUGCGCAUGUGAAAAUAGACAACGGUAGGCUAAAUCGAACCUUCAUGCCAUUUUAAGAGCAUAUGCCUACUGUUCUUAUAUUAGCCUACCGUUGCUAAAUUGCCUGAAUUGUAAACCAAAUUUGUCAGAUUGCAAUCAUAUUCUUGCCAGUAGUUUAGCCUAUGCUUUCUGUACACUAAUCUAGCAAUCGGGUGUGCGAUCACCUGCGCUAUUGGCACCAUUCCAAUGAUAAACCAUUGCGUUUUCCAAUGUUAUCCGCAGAAAAGUUAUCGCUGAGAAUAGGACAUAAUACAAAUGUCAUUUAAUCCUGCACGGCCAGGCGCAGAGCGCAGUGUGUGUCCUGUGACAUUGCACCUGAAUGUCUACUUGGCGAGAGAGAUGAGUUUUGCCUCGUCUUCCAAAAGAGAUUCGUCGCGCCUUUCGCAGGAAGAACAUGGGAUAGAACUGGAUAUAUUUGGAACUCGUUGGAUAGCCAAACGUUCUAAGCCUGAAUGAAAGAGAUCACAAGUUAAUUAUCUGGUUAUGGUAUUUCAACAAAUUAUGAAUUUCAACAAAAUUUGAGCUUAAAUUCGUGAACGUUCUCUUGGACUCCACUGACUCCGGGAUGCCCAACAAACCAAUUGACUGAGCUGAAACUGCUUGGAUCAUGAUGCAAGCGUAAAAUUGCACCUGACAUCGAAUGCAACACAGCUGAUCACAUUUGACAAGGACCUACUAUGUCAACAUUACCAACCAGGAGGUUGUCUCUCUGCCAGGCUCUGACCUUCAUCUGCCUGCUGGUCUCUGCCGUCUACCUGUCCUCCCAGCCCAGCUCUUCCAAGGUGUCUGCGUGGGGUCCUUCAGGGGGUCGUUCAGCGCGUGCCCGACGCCAGCUGCACUACAGGAACGAAUGGGCCUCGUGGAAUGGCUGGUCCGUGUGCUCGCGCUCAUGUGGGGGAGGGGCCUCUGUGCGUACACGCACCUGCAUCACCAGGAACCCAGUUGGCGGACCAUGUUCAGGAGACCCCAGACAAUACAAGAUCUGCAACACCAAGGGGUGUGCUGGGGGCUCAGAGGACUUCAGGGAGAUGCAGUGUUCUGCCUACAACGACAGACCGCUGGUGGCUGGAAACAGUUACAGAUGGACCACCUUCCAUGGAGGUCGGUGAGGCAUGGUUCUAACCCGUGUGAGCUGAGCUGUCUGGCCCAGGGUCACAACUUCUACUACAACUUUGGUCGUGUCCUGGACGGCACUGCCUGCAGUAAAGAGCCUGGAGAUGUGUGUGUCAACGGAAAAUGCUUGACACCGGGCUGUGACCUGAUCCUGGGCUCAGACCAGCAGGAGGAUGCCUGUAUGGUGUGUGGAGGACAGAACUCCACCUGUCUACACCACAGGAGUGUGUACCAGAAUGCACAGGGAGCAGCGGGUCCGUUUGGGUACAAUGAAGUGACCAUGAUCCCAGCUGGAGCUACUCACAUCCGUGUCACCGAUAACAGCAGGAACUAUCUGGCGCUCCAGAACGGGCGUUCCCAGUUUGUCAUUAAUGGGAACUGGAAGAUCAGUGUUCCUGGGGAGUACAGCGUAGCGGGAACCAAGCUCCUGUACAAGCGCUCUGUGGACACCUGGGAAAGCUUUGAGGUCCCUGGACCCACUAUGGAGGACCUGCACGUCAUGGUGUUGGUGACAGACAGGAACCCGGGGAUAGAAUACGAGUAUUGGCUCCCUCCAGACCGCUACGCUCUGUUCCAUGGCAGGAGGAGUCAGCUACGCCAGCCUCACCACACUGCUAGCUACAUCCCCUGGGAUCACCCCACCACUACUACUACCACUACUACUACUACUAGACCUCCCCCUGUCACCACAAGACCCUACUGGGCUCCUCCAGGUGGCUGGCCCAUCAAGUCCCCUCGCCACCCAGCUCGACAACCCCCUCACCAGCCCCAUCGCCCACCUGUCCUUCCCCGCCUGGAGAGGGAUGAGACCAGGAGGAACCAACUACCCCAACCACCCCGAGGAGGGCAUUGUGGGAAAUGUAGGCGGGCCCGCGGUCGAGGGGAGCGCCAGAGGCAGUACUGCCAGAAAGACUUCGUGUUCCGUGCCAAAGUCAUGAGCAAGCUGUACCGGGGCGAGGAGACGCGCUACGAUGUCCAGAUCAUCCACACCUACCACAAUCGCUUCCGCCUGGAGCACCGCGAGUUCCUGUGGGUGCCCAACGUGUGUGACUGCCCCCCUCUGGAGGAAGGGCGCCAGUAUGUACUGAUGGUGCGUCGCCACAUUAACAACGAGCAGACGUUGAACCGGAUACUGAUGGAGGAGGACAGCUACGCAAUACCCUAUAAACCUAGAGAGGACGCUCUGUUGCGCCCCCUGGAGGAUCUGUGUAGUAACAGAGGGCCCCGGCCACCUGCGGAACUGAGAGGCGGCUAUGCCUAGACAUAGAGAUGUACAGUAUACACGUGCACACCUAAAUGCACACAUACUUUGACUGUCAUGACUCCUUAACACUCCCCAAGACUGAGCACUUCUGAUGGUGAAUCAGACAAACAAUGGGGCUGCAUGUGUGAGUCUGUGUGUGACAUUAAAAUCCCAUACACCCCUACGCAACAACUUCCUGCCUCUGGCCCUUCAAAAGACACACAGAGAGCAAUAGAACCACUAGAAUUCCAAAAUGGGGGAACUGAAAAUGGCGGAGGCAAAUACUAGUUGAACCCUGGGAAGAGACUAUACUCAGGGUGACCCAGUAGAUCUGUCAGUCAGUGUGAUAAGAAGGCAAAGCCCUCAAAGAGCAAUGCAAAAGCUGACCAGCUCACAAAGUAUAGCACUUUAGGUGGACGUUAUCACCCACCUUUAAACUUACCAAAGAGAAGAAUAUAUCCACUUCAAUGGCCAAGCGUUGUGUUUUGUUUUGUUCCCUUUGCUAACUAGAUAACUGACUAUAACUAUCUGUCUGGGUUACUAACAGGCAGUGUUGGGGAAGCUACUCUGAAAAUAUAGUUUAUAGCUUGUAUCAAUUACUUCACACUGGAAGAGGUUAAGCUACACUUCGGCCUAGAUUCAAUCAGAUCAAGCGUUAACCGGCGAUAGCAGACACCUGCAUAGCUGAUGUUUUGACGGUGCCGGAGAUGUAACUGUGUUGGAGCUGUCAAAUUGGUGAAGAGCUACUCUUCAUCAUUGUCACUCAAGUUAGAUAUUCAGAAUGACAAAGUGUAGGCUAUAUAGAAAUAAUGACUCUCAAAUUGAAUAUCAUUAGCCUAAAGAAAAUAAUGAGGAUUUCUAUCAGCUGAAUCGAGGUGUAGAUCACAUCUCACAUUCCGUGUUUCGAACUUGUAAAUAAGGCUCGCAUGAGAUUUCUCUUAAUGCGACUCCGUGCAGCCAAUAGCAAUGUCCCCUUCAGGUAUAAUGCCAGGAUCUGCUCUAACACAGUUCCACCUCCGACACUGCCUGAACAACUGCUAUGCGGAUGUCGGCUAAAGCGGAUCUGAUUGAAUACGCUACCCUAAAGAAAAAUAUAGUUGACUUUAAUAGUUACUUUAACAAAGUAGUUCACUACAUACAAACUACUUUGUAAAAAACUAUCAUAUCUAAAUCUGAAAUGUCAUCGACUACACAGUUAAGAAAAAUUAGUGCAAGAACACAUCACUCUGGAGUCAGAUGUUAACAGUGUAGUGAGAUCUGUGUGACAGUCAGAGUGAGUGCUUUGGCUUAGCCCAGUGGCCAGGGAGAGAUAAAUAAAUAGGGGGGAGUUGAAUGAAUGUAGUGGGCAGUUCCAGUAGAUAGCUACAUGGCUAAAACAAGUAAUUAACUACCAAAGACACUUCAAAGAUUUGAAUGUAGUUACUACAAAAUCUAGGUAAAUAACUGAAUUAAAUGUAGUGGAACUACUCCCCAGGACUGCUAACAGUUCAGUCACUCUAUGUCAAAAUAAAUGUGACACUUUACUUUCUUCUCAUACCUAAGAUGUAUAAAACUACAUAUUGUUCCAUAUUGUAUUUAUGUGGCAAAAUAAUAUCUAGAUCAUAACAUUUAUAUUUGUGUUUUGCUUCUAAAAUAUAGUAUUUUUUUAAAUCUAUCAAUGUAUUUCUAUCUAUUGAUGUAUGUGUUUUGGGUAACAAUUUACAUUACUUUGCUCUUAUACCUGUGAAGUAACCGUGUCAUUAAUUACACUAGUAGCAUUGUAGUUACAUGUUAUAGCACAGUACUUCAUGAAUUGCAUUGUAAUUGCGUAGUGAUGGGGUUGAGUUUAUUUCACUUGUGUAGUAACAGAAACCGCUCAACUCUACUACUAUUACUAUGCAUUUAAAUCUACACUGACAUAAGAGCAAGUUCAUGUAAGGUGUUACUGUGUUUUGAAUAUUAAAUCAAUCAGGUUCCCUUAGUCUGUUUUGUUAGGUCUUCUAUUGUCUAAUUCACAUGAAUAUUUACUUUUGUGAGAAACAAAAAUAUGGAUUAUUCAGUAUUUUAUAUUGGUGUGGCACUGAGUAGCUACAAAUAUAAGAAACAUAUUUCAUUUGAAUGACUGGUGAAUUAUGUGCAAUCUAUUCCUAUACAUUAACUAUGCUGUAACAAGUUAUUUUUUAUUAUAAUGUUUUAAAAUGUGCCAACACAUUGCUUUCUUUAACACCACUGACACCACAUUUUACACGGCCUUUUACAAGGUCUGUACUCAUAUGCAUUUUUGUGUAGUUUGUAUAGGUAGAUUACCCUAGAAACAUCAUUCAAACUUUAAGACCUGCUGAGUGCUUGCAUACAACUUUUUGAUAGUUUAAAGUCUUUUUUUUAAAUGAAACUAUUUUAUUUCCCAUCUUCAUUCAAUUCCAUGGGAUUUCUAAAGAUCCCAUUGUGACAAUAUCAACUUCCAGACUUCUAACAUUCCAUUCACU